AGACAAGUAUAGAUGAGUUAUAUAGUGAACUGACGCUGUGUCUUUAGUUGGCAUUGGAUAUACAUAGGAGGAAAACGAUUAUUGAAAAAGCCGCAGCGGCUAUUCCACGCUCACGUUUGAUGGAUACAACUCCCAUUGAUUUUAGUGUAGAAGUUGAAAAGACUACAAAGAUUGACAAUGAAUCCGUACCACUUGAUAAAGUGGUGCAGGAAAACAUCCAUAUUGAGAACCUAACAAUAGACGAAUUUGAAGCCAAGUUUGAUGCACUUCUUGGCACUGUUGAUGCAUUUAACAAGCAAUUGUUGAAAGAAAUAGUUGAUAUCCUUAAAGCAAGAGCAGAGCAAGGCAUAGUCAUACAUGAAAUUAAAGAACAAUUAGGAGGUCGAUAUGCUGAUGAGGACAUUAUUGCUGCUAUAGAUAAGCUAACGAACCACUCAUCUCCUCUCAUCUUGCAAGUUGGAUCCGUCUAUCCUCGCUGUGUGUUAGUUCCUUAUGCAAGUGAUUGGGUGAUUGAUGCGAAUGUAGCAAAUACAGCUGAUAAUGAGAGCGGUAGAUCAAAGAUAGCUAGAAGUUCCUAUAAAAAUCUUGCAAGAAAACAACUGAUCGUGCCCAACUUAUGGACAGACAUCAAUGGUUCCUUGACACCUGUACUUUUCAACAGUUAUGCAGAGGCGAUUGUUGAAUUCAUUCUGAAACGACCCGGGACAACAAAGGCAGCCAUACACAGAAAUUUUAGUACAAGCUUUUCUAGAAAAGAAGUACAUGAUAUCUUGGAAAUCUUGGUUAAAAGCAAAGUAUUGAGAGAAGUGAAGAUAAUCAUGAGUGGUUACAGGAAGCCUUCUGUAUUUACCAAGACUCGUUACAGCCAAUGUACAACAAAGACUACUGGGAUUGAUGCCUUUGCUCAAUCUUGUUAUUGGGCUACGGAUGAUUUUUAUCAUAAAAUAGGACAAUAAAUAAAUUGAUGUUUAUAUACAUUUACUGAUUUGUGAU